AUGACAGGGCCAUGUUUGGACCUCCCACUGCCACUACUAGCGGCGCAGACGCCGAGUCGGUCGUGGUCCACCGCCAAGUUGUCCGCCAUCCGCCCUCGGCCGCCAGGUUCAACCCAUCCAGGCUGCCAAGGUCUCCUCCAUCACGCCAGGCGCCGGCUGCCAAGAGCGCCACUUAGCAAUAGCCACAUAGUCGGCGGUUUAUUUAUAUUCGUUUUAGAAUAG